AUGGGCGAUUUAUUAAAAAUUAAAGAUUAAAUAGACUUCAAAAAAUAUUUGCAUGAUGAUAUGCUUGGUUUAAAUAUUGUAUUGCCAGGUGAUGUCAUUAAAAAAGAAAAAGGUUUCAUGAAUGGACAUGGUACUUAUGAAGAAAACGGAAUUAUUUAUUCUUCAGUAAUAGGAACAGUAGUAUAAACAAAUAAGUUGCUUAGUGUGUCACCACUUAAGUCAUAUUACACUCCUUAAGUAGGAGAUAUUGUUGUAGGAAGGGUUAUGGAAAUAGGAGACAAGAAAUGGAAAAUAGAAAUAGGAUCUAAUUAAUAUGCAAGUCUUCACUUGAAUUCAACUUAUAUUCCUGAACAGAGAAUUAAAACAGAUGAAGAUGAGUUAAAUAUGAGAUAAAUCAUGAAAGAAGGAGACUUAGCUUGUGCAGAAAUUCAUUCUAUUAACAAGGACAAGACAGCAAACUUGCAUACUAGAAGUUUAAAAUACGGCAAGCUUGAAAAUGGAUUUUUGGUGGAAGUAUUUAACAAACUAGUGAAAACUUAAACUAACCACUUCAAAAAGUUGUAAUGUGGAAUCAAUAUUAUAUUUUCUCACAAUGGUAAAAUUUGGCUCAACAAUAUUUCUAGAGAAGGCAUUAUUAAAGAGUAAAAAGAAGUAGAAAAGAAAUAAUAUAGCUAUGAAGAAAGAUAGGCUCUCAGCAUAAUCUCAAACUUACUUAAAUUACUUGAUCAAUAAAAUAUAAAAAUCAGCACUGAUUUACUUGAUGAGCUUUAUAAUUAUGUGAUUACAAAGAAAAUAGAACCAUCAAAUAUUCUAACAUAAGCAGGAUCUAAGGAAUUAAAGUAGUAUCUGUAAUAAAAAUUAGAAACAUAAAUUCCUAAAGAAAUUAAUAAAUUAAUGAAAUAAGGAGACUAUUUAGCUUAAGAUUAUUGA